UGUAUAAAUAGGCAUUCCACUUCACGGUGGAAGUGUCACUCACAAGUUAGAAGCCGAAUCUGAGAGUGAAACAGAGCAAGAGAAGAAAAGAAGAAGAAGAUGGAUCAAUUCAAAGGCCAACCUCGUCUUCCCAAAUUCGCCAUUCCAAAACGCUACGACAUAAGACUCAAACCGGACCUCAUUUCCUGUCGCUUUGCUGGUUCUGUUGCCGUCGACCUUGACAUCGUCGCCGCCACCUCUUUUAUCGUUCUCAAUGCCGCCGAGCUCACCGUCGCUGCCGGUUCCGUUUCGUUCACGCACCGUGACUCUUCGAAGGUGAUCAAGCCUUCGAGAGUUGAGUUGUUCGAAAGUGAUGAGAUUUUGGUGCUGGAGUUUGCAGAGGCGGUUCCGAUUGGGUUGGGUGUGUUGGCCAUUCAAUUUGAGGGAAUCUUGAAUGAUAGAAUGAAAGGGUUUUACAGAAGUACCUAUGAGCAUAAUGGUGAGAAGAAGAAUAUGGCAGUCACACAGUUUGAACCAGCUGAUGCCAGGCGAUGCUUUCCUUGCUGGGAUGAACCUGCAUGCAAGGCUACUUUCAAGAUCAUGGAUGUGCCUUCUGAGCUUGUUGCUCUGUCUAACAUGCCUGUUGUGGAAGAAAAAGUAGAUGGAAGUCUGAAAACAGUUUCAUAUCAGGAAUCUCCAAUCAUGUCUACAUAUUUGGUUGCUGUUGUUGUUGGUUUAUUUGAUUAUGUGGAAGAUCAUACAUCCGAUGGGGUCAAAGUUCGAGUAUAUUGUCAAGUUGGCAAGGCAAACCAAGGGAAAUUUGCACUACAUGUUGCUACGAGAACUUUGGAACUAUACAAGGACUAUUUUGCCACACCCUACCCUCUACCAAAAAUGGAUAUGAUUGCAAUCCCUGAUUUUGCUGCUGGAGCCAUGGAAAAUUAUGGUUUGGUUACAUAUCGCGAAACUGCUUUGCUUUUUGAUGAGCAGCAUUCUGCUGCUGUUAACAAGCAGAGGGUUGCGACUGUUGUUGGCCAUGAACUGGCUCACCAGUGGUUCGGUAAUCUUGUUACAAUGGAGUGGUGGACGGAUCUAUGGCUGAAUGAGGGGUUUGCAACAUGGGUUAGCUAUUUAGCAACUGAUAGCUUGUUUCCUGACUGGAAAAUAUGGUCUCAAUUCGUAAAUGAAUCUACUGAGGGUCUCAGGUUGGAUGGGCUUGCAGAAUCCCACCCAAUUGAGGUAGAAGUAAAUCAUGCUGGCGAGAUUGAUGAAAUAUUUGAUUCAAUAAGUUAUAGAAAAGGUGCAUCUGUAAUUAGGAUGCUGCAAAGCUAUCUUGGUGCUGAAAGCUUUCAGAGGUCUUUAGCUUCGUAUAUUAAAAAGCAUGCUUAUUCAAAUGCCAAAACUGUGGAUCUAUGGAAUGCACUUGAGGAGGGAUCUGGCGAACCUGUCAACAAGUUAAUGAGCUCGUGGACAAAGCAGAUGGGAUAUCCUGUUGUAUCAGUUAAAGUCAAUGAUCAGAAACUGGAGUUUAAUCAGUCACAAUUCUUGUCAAGUGGUGCCAACGGAGAAGGACAAUGGGUUGUUCCAGUAACACUAUGCUUUGGCUCAUAUGAUGUUCGCAAGAAUUUCCUGUUGCAAGCAAAAUCUGAAGCACUUGACAUUAAGGAGUUAGUGGGUUCACAGAUUGCUGGAGAUCAAGUUGCAAAUUCUUGGAUUAAAGUUAAUGUGGAUCAGACAGGUUUCUAUAGGGUGAAAUAUGACGAGCCUCUUGCGGCUAGACUUAGAUAUGCCAUAGAUAAACAGUUAUUAUCUACAGCAGACCGAUAUGGAAUUUUGGAUGAUUUAUUUGCACUUUGUAUGGCUCGCCAAGAAUCAUUGACAUCGUUGAUAAACUUGAUGGGAACUUACAGAGGGGAAGUUGAAUAUAUUGUGCUUUCAAACUUGAUUUCUAUUAGCUAUAAAGUCAGAAGGAUUGCAGCUGAUGCAGUACCAGACUUGGUAGAUUAUUUCAAGCAAUUCUUUAUUAACCUUUUCCAAUACACUGCGGAGAGGCUUGGUUGGGAACCUAAACCAGGAGAAAGUCAUCUCGAUGCAAUGCUGAGAGGAGAAAUUUUGACUGCUUUAGCUCAGUUUGGACAUGAUCCGACUCUAGAAGAAGCAAACAAGCGUUUUCAGGCAUUCUUGAAUGACAGAAAUACACCACUUUGUUCACCUGAUAUAAGAAAGGCAACAUAUGUGGCAGUAAUGCAACAGGCAAGCAAAUCCAACCGAUCGGGUUAUGAAUCCCUUCUGAAAGUAUAUAGAGAAACUGACUUAAGUCAAGAGAAAAUACGCAUUCUGGGCUCCUUGUCUGAUACACCUGAUCCGGAUCUAGUUCUUGAAGUUCUUAACUUCAUGCUGUCUCCUGAGGUCCGUAGCCAGGACGUGAUUAUGGGGCUUCCUACUAGUCCGGAAGGACGAGAUGUAGCCUGGGAAUGGCUUAAGGAAAACUGGGAACGCAUAUUGAAGACAUAUGGCUCUGGAUUUUUGAUAACUCGGUUUGUCAGUGCAGUUGUCUCACCGUUUGCUUCCGUUGAGAAAGCGAAGGAAGUAGAGGAAUUCUUUGUUAGCCAUGGUACACAGUCAAUUGCUAGGACGUUAAAGCAGAGCCUGGAGAGGGUUAACAUCAAUGCAAACUGGGUUCAGAGUGUUAAGAACGAGAACAACCUUGUUGAUGCUGUCAAAGAGUUGGCAUAUAGGAAAUACUAGCAGUGAGCUUCACUGCUUCUUCCUCCAUUCUCUGAAAAGUUUCAGAGUUUCUCAAUGUUUGUGUUACUGCUGAGCAUGUGUACAAGUUAAGUUGUUCUAUAUUCGAGUCUUCUUAUUCACACUUAAAGUUGGACUUUCUGGGAGUUUCUUUGUUAUUAAUGCAUGAGACCGUUGAUUUAAACUA